AUGCCUUGCUUGCAAGCAGCGCCGCAUCAAGGUGAGGAAGCCAUCCGAGGUGGUUACAACAAGAUAUUAAUGGUUGAAAAAACACAGUGCGACGAAAGGAAGCCCAUCUGCACGAAUUGCAGUAAAAAAUCAAUCGAGUGCAGCUUCAUCCGCCUCGUGCCAGCCCCCGUCUUGAAGAAGCUCCAGUUUCAGCGGUCCCAGCCAGAGGGCUUGUCGAUACAGAAGCAGCCGACCGACUUGCGAUUAGCACUGUUUUGCCGCCCCCAUUCGCUCGACUUUGACCUUUUCAACCACUACAUCACUCAUACCUCUGUGUUGAUAUCCUCGCGUCAACAUGGCGUCGAAAUAUAUACUUCUGUGAUACCAAGAAUGGCCCUUUCGAAUCCAUCUCUGGGCCAUGCAGUUCUCGCGACUGCGUACGGCCAUUUGGCUCGGACCAUGCCUCAUACCGAAAUGGCCGCCAAGUACAUCACUGAAAGCGCCUUUCACAUGAACACUACGCUUGGGUGCUACUCGCAAGCCAUUCACAAACUCUCCAAAGAAAACACGCCGAUUGUGUUUGCCAACUCGGUUCUCAUCUCCUUAUACGUCUUUCUCAGCGCCGGCAUCGAAUACGAAGAGAUUCUGUCCGGGCUGAACCCUUUGAACCGCGACCCAAAACUGCUGAAUCAGCUGCUCUGCAUAGCCGUGCGCAUGAUUCACGGCACACGCGGCGUCUUUUCUGUGUUUUGGAAAACGCAGGAAUGGAUUGCCACGAGCUACUUGUCACCGGUCAUCAAGCGACACAACCCGAUCAGGGAUACGGCGCCGCACCUGUUUUGGGCACAAAUUGAGGAUCGGCAGUUGGCAGGCCUUGAAAGUUUGUGGGAAAGCGACACGUCUGUCUCGGACCAGAGAUCGUACGUCCUCUCUCAAGCGUUACAAUCGCUGCGCGACACGUUUUUCCUGUCUACCCGGCUGUACGCGAUGCCCCCCGGGACCAACCAGCAGUGUAGCUCCAUCGAGCCCAUCAGCUUGAAAGAGAUCCACCGACUGCUGCGCGACGCCCAGCUGGACGACCUACCGAGUGUGUUUACCUGGUACAUCAAGGCAUCUGCACCCUACAUCAGCAUUCUGCAGCAAGGAGACCCCUUUGCCGUGGUGAUUUGGGCGCACCAUGCCAUCUUACUUGACCGCGCAUGUGGCAGGAACUGGUGGUUUUGUGAUUUGGCGUCGAAAUUCAUUUCUGCAGCAGAUUUGAUGCUGGGCGAAGAGAGACGGGGCUGGCUUGAGUGGCCGCUGAGCAUCGUGGGUACUGGAAGUAGGUUAGCGGUAUAG